AUGUCUACCCCUGCUGCAGCCGCCGCCGUCGACGACACCAGCAGCCAGCCUGACAACAAGUCGCUCUCGAGCUCCUCUGAGCAGCCGACGGUCGCUGCUGUUUCAAGAGACAACCAUGUCAAGGCCAAUUUUCUAGAGAUCAUCGGUCUCCGCGAUGUCAAGCCUGAGGCUAGCGUAGCGUGGAAAGGUAAAAGGCCUAAUUGGUUCCGUUCGGUCUUUUUCAACAUCACCGUCCUCGGUGGAUGCUCCUUCCUCGCACCGGGCAUCUGGGGUGCCAUGGCUUCGCUCGGCGCAGGUGGCUCGCAAGACCCCAGUACCGUCAACGCCGCCAACUCGCUCACCUUCGCCUUGAUGGUGUUUACCAGCAUCUUCACGUCUUCUCUCAUCUCGAAAUCCAGCGUCAAAGCUGUACUCAUCUUCGGCACGAUCGGAUACGCCCCUUACGCCGCCGGUCUAUAUUUGAACAGCGUCAACAAGUCACAGUGGCUCAUUAUCCUUGGUGCAGCGCUCUGCGGUCUGAGUGCCGGUAGCUUCUGGUCCGUAGAGGGCGCCAUCGCACUGGGCUAUCCCGAGAGGUUGAAGCAAGCACGUUACAUUUCAUACUGGCUCAUGUUCCGAGUGCUUGGUCAGCUUCUCGGUGGCAUCAUCAACCUCGCACUCAACUACAAGGAUAACGAGAAGGGCUCCAUUUCCACCAACACCUACCUCGUCUUUGUCGUGCUGCAAUGCUUGGGUCCUUUUUGGGCUAUGCUGCUCUCGCCACCGCACAAGGUGCAGAGGAUCGAUAGGACGCCCGUCUACCUUCACAUUGAAUCAUCCACCAAGCGCGAGCUCAAGUUGAUGUGGAAAACCAUCAUCAAUCCACAGGUUUUGCUCCUCUUGCCCAUCAUUUGGCAAUCCACAUGGUCCGAGGCGUUGAUCGGAACGUACGCCGUCAACUACUUUACCGUUCGAUCUCGUGCGCUCGGUUCGCUGCUCUCGGCUAUCACCGCCAGUCUAUCCAACUACCUCCUCGGCUUCUUCCUCGACUGGAAAAAGCCGUCGGUCAACACGCGUGCAAAGUAUGCAUUCGGCAUCAUCUACACCCUGCAAGGAGCUUGGUGGGCUUGGGCGAUCUACAUCAUGCACAAGUACCACACCACUACGCCCAAACCCACUUUCGACUGGUCCACGCCCGGUUACGGCCAAGGCUUUGGCGUCUACAUCUUCCUGCAGAUCGGAUUCAACGUCAUGUACGAACUCAAUUACUGGAUCAUCGGCAACAUCUCGGAUGACCCCGCCGAGGUCAUCCGAUUGGCCAGCAUCGUCCGUGCCGUAGAAUCGGCUGGUCAGUGCGUCAGUUACGGCGUCAACAGCACAAGUUGGAGAUUGGAUGCUGUGGCAGGUCUGAAUACCGCCCAGUGGGCACUCAGUGUGCUGCCCGCUUGGCUGGUUGUUAAGAAGAUCGGCAUUUUGAACGACGGAACCAAGAUUCACGAGCCAAGGACCUAUGCGGCUGAAGAUGAAAGGUCCAAGUUGAAACAUGCUGGCUUAAAGACUGCCGAGUAUGAUCUCAGGGGCGAUCAGUAG